CUGUCACAAACUAGGCUGAAACAACACUGCUCACUGACACAUACACAAUUUGCAGUGACAGACAGGCUUGGAAAACAAGCAGGCAAUAUAAUAAAUCUAGUUAAUCACAGCUCCCGUCGGUGUAAUCUGUGUGGAGCAUUAGCAGCAGUUAGUGAGCCUCCCUCUGUGUUGGAUCUUCCUCUUAUCAUCAACAUCCUCAUCAUGAUAAUAAGCAUCGCUCUGAUCUGGGCAGUGGUGGUGGGAUUCUGCUGCCUUCUCUGGCUCGCUGUGGGGAUACGACGCAGGCAACCUGGUGAGCCUGCAGUAGAGAAUGGAUUCAUCCCCUAUCUGGGCUGUGCUCUGCAGUUCGGGGCCAACCCUCUCCAGUUCCUCCGCAGCCGCCAGAACAAGUACGGCCACAUUUUCACCUGCAAGAUUGCUGGCCAGUACAUCCACUUCCUGUGUGACCCCUUCUCUUACCAUUCAGUCAUCAGACAGGGUAGACACCUGGACUGGAGGAAGUUCCACUUUGCUACAUCUGUCAAGGCGUUUGGCCACGACAGCUUUGACCCUCGCCAUGGCCACACCACAGAGAACCUCCACCAAACCUUUCUAAAGACCCUGCAGGGUGAGGCUCUGCCCUCCCUAAUAGAGACCAUGAUGGGCCACCUCCAGGAUGUCAUGCUGAGGUCAGACACACUCAGCCCCAGCAAGGACCACUGGGAGGUGGAUGGCAUCUUUGCUUUCUGCUACAAGGUGAUGUUUGAGUCUGGCUACCUGACUCUGUUCGGUAAAGAGCUUGGUGAAGAUAAGUGUCAGGCUCGGCAGACGGCUCAGAAAGCCUUGGUGCUCAAUGCUUUGGAGAACUUCAAAGAGUUUGACAAGAUCUUCCCAGCGUUGGUGGCUGGCCUGCCCAUACAUGUCUUCAAGAGUGCUUACAGUGCUAGGGAGAACCUUGCAAAGACCAUGCAUGCUGAAAACUUGUCCAAAAGGGAGAACAUGUCUGAUCUGAUCUCUAUGAGGAUCAUUCUAAAUGACUCCUUAUCAACCUUCAAUGACGUGAGCAAGGCCAGGACCCACGUCGCUCUGCUCUGGGCUUCACAGGCUAACACCCUACCUGCUACGUUCUGGAGUCUCUUUUAUAUGAUCAGGAGUCCAGAUGCCAUGAAAGCAGCUCGUGUGGAAGUGCAAAAAGUUCUGCAGGAUUCAGGUCUGACGGUUGACCCCAGCGACCCCACACUGAACCUCACCAGGGACCAGCUGGACAACAUGCCAGUUCUAGACAGCAUCAUAAAAGAAGCCAUGCGUCUUUCCAGUGCUUCCAUGAAUGUGCGUGUUGCCAAGGAGGACUUUUUGCUUCACCUUGACAACCAAGAAGCUUACCGUAUAAGGAAAGAUGAUGUCAUCGCCCUAUAUCCACCCAUGUUGCACUAUGAUCCAGAAAUCUAUGAAGAUCCUUAUGAGUACAAGUUUGACCGUUUCCUGGACGAGAAUAGUCAGGAGAAGACCACCUUUUAUCGCAACGGCCGGCGGCUGCGUUACUUCUACAUGCCCUUCGGCUCUGGGGUCACCAAAUGCCCCGGCAGAUUUUUUGCUGCGUAUGAGAUCAAGCAGUUCCUGACUCUGGUACUGUCUUACUUUGACAUGGAACUAUUGGACCCUGCCAUCAAAGUCCCACCUCUUGACCAGUCCCGUGCUGGUCUGGGAAUCCUCCAGCCUACCUAUGAUGUGGACUUUAGGUACAAGCUGAAAUCAAACCACUAGUCUCUGUCUUUGGCAGGCAGAGUGACUGAAGUACAUAUUGUAUAUAGUGUAUAUUUAAUAAUGAAAAUGCUUCUCUGUAUAUGUAAAUAAACUGAAUUAUAUAUUUUUGUUGCUUUAA